AUGCCGCCGCGAAAGAAGGCAAAGGCGAGUGCAGCUUCCACGCCCCUGCGCGACACUCAGCCCCAAACACCGCAAGACUCUGGCGUUGUGCAGUCGCAAGAUGAGCUGCUCAGCGAUCCGUGGGCCGACGAGCAGGAGACACAGCUUUUGAAAAGCAUGAUGAAGUGGAAGCCGACAGGCAUGCACAAGCACUUUCGCAUGAUCUCCAUCCAUACCGACAUGCGCUCGCACGGCUUCGCGAGUGACGACGCUCCUCACACGCGCAUUCCCGGGGUCUGGAAGAAGCUGUCGCAGCUAUACGACCUAGACGCCCUCGAUACGCGCGAGAACGAGUUCGCUUUCUCUGAGGACCCCGACCCGCUAGACCCCGACGACGCCAACAGCAUGCCCGAGUUCGAGCUGCCAGAAGACGAAUAUGGCAAGCUCAUGUGGCUCCAGCGCUUCCAUCGUGAAUCUUCUGCGGCCGGCUCGUCACCACCCAUGACGCCCAUCCAAAAAUACAAAGACCUCUAUGCGCCAGGCAUCGGCCUACUGAAAGACCUCCCCGAUGGCGUGCACUCGCAAAAGGCUGAGAGUGUAACCGAAGCCACGCCCGUACCCAAGAACGCAAAGAACACAAGAACAGGCAAAGCUGCAAAGGGCGGCAAGGGUACCAAGGCUGGAGCCAACGCUGCAAAGAACAGUAAGGCCCAGAGCACCGUAUCUGAAUCCGCAGAAGAAGAGGACGAAGAUGAUGACGAUGAAGAAUCUAGUGCCGAGUCUGAAGAAGACAGUGCGCCAACUACUCGCCGAACAAAUCGCGCGAAGCCGAAGCCAGCGCCGAAGAGAACGAGGAAAAGGUAG